AUGCCCGUCAUUGAAUCCAUCAAGAACAAGCUACACCACGACAAAGAGUCCCCCGAGACUACCACAGCCCAGCAAACCCCACCCACCCCCGUCUCUCCCGAGAUUACCACCGGCGCGAGCGCGUCCGAGCAGGCGGCUCCUGCGGCGACGGCGGAGCUUAGUGAUAAGCCUGUGUUUGAUGCGAAUAAGGUGACUGUUAUCUUCGUCCUUGGUGGUCCUGGUGCUGGUAAGGGUACGCAGUGUGAAAGGCUCGUUGCCGAGUAUGGCUUUGCGCACCUUUCCGCUGGUGAUCUUCUUAGGGCUGAGAAGAACCGAGAAGGAUCCACUUAUGGCGCUAUGAUAACAGAGUACAUCACUGAGGGCAAGAUUGUCCCUAUGGAAGUCACCAUCAAGCUCCUCGAAAACGCCAUGUCCGACAUCCUGUCCACCCCGCCCACCACCCCCGGCUGGUCCAACGGCCACGGCCGGUUCCUUAUCGACGGUUUCCCUCGCAAGAUGGACCAGGCCGUCAAGUUUGACGAGUCGGUGUGCAAGUCGUCUUUCGUCUUGUUCUUCAAGACCAGCGAGGAGAUUUUGUUGGAGAGGUUGAUGGAGAGGGGCAAGACUAGUGGGAGGGAGGAUGAUAACAAGGAGAGUAUUGUCAAGCGUUUCCGCACAUUCGUCGAAACGUCCAUGCCCGUCGUCGACUACUACCGCGCCCGAAACAAGGUUAUCGAGAUCGACUCUUCCCCUCCUAUCGACCAAGUUUACGCUGAAGUGAAGGUGGCGCUGGAUGAGAGGAUACCGAAGAAGGGCGCGGCUUAUGGGGAUGUUGCGGAGUAG